AUGGCUGUCGUCAAAGCCAAUGCCUAUGGACAUGGUAUAGUCGAAAUAGCUCGCACUGCUCUUGCAUCCGGUGCAACUUGGUUAGGCGUUGCUACGCUCGACGAAGCACUUUUACUGCGUCGCCAGCUAACAAGAGAUACGCCUAUUCUCGUUCUGGGUUAUGUUCCGCCACAACAUUUAUCGUUGGCUAGUCGCUCGAAAAUCACUGUGACAGGCAUCUCUUUAGCAUGGGUUCAAGAGGCAUCUCGUCUUGCCCAGGAGCCAUUUAAUUUUCAUCUGAAAGUUGAUACAGGGCUAAAUCGAAUAGGCUGUAAGACAUUGGACGAAGUGCAAGAAGUAAUCAGCAUUGUAUCUCACAAUCCGAAACUAAACUUAUCGGGAGUCUUUACUCAUUUUGCUACAGCUACAGACAUGACCAAUACAAGCUAUUUUCAAUGGCAACUGGCACGCUUUCACCAGUUUCUUGAAGUCAUCCCUAAUCGAACCGAGAAACUUAUUCACUGUGCGAACUCAGGUGCUACUCUACUUCAUACGGAUAAAGUCUUCUUUGAUAUGGUUCGCUGUGGAAGUGCAUUACUUGGUCUACUGAAGCAACCGUCAGAACAUCCACUUCCCUUUCCUCUUCAAACGGCUAUUUCCGUUCAUUCGACGUUAGAUCUUGUCAAACAAGUGAAUGCUAGUGAAAAGAUUAGUUAUGGAGGCACAUAUACAACAACGCAAACUGAAUGGAUUGGUACUGUGCCUAUAGGAUAUGCUGACGGAUGGCGUCAAAAUUUUAAACCAGUUGGCGUCCUCAUCGAAGGAAAACGAUUGCCGAUCGUUGGACGCAUUGCCAUGGAUCAACUUAUGAUUAGUCUCGAUCGAAUGUAUCCGAUAGGAACCCGUGUGACUUUCAUCGGACAAGAAGGCAACGAGACAAUUACUCUGAAUGACAUCGUUCGUGAGGGGAAUGUGCUCCGGGGAGAAAUAUUGUGUUCCUUCUCAAGUCGCAUACCACGAAUUUAUAAAUCAGAUGUAUCCCUCAUAAGUUCUGGAAAUGUUGCCCUGCGACCAUUGACACUAUUAGGAGCAAUAAUUUUCUUUUCUUUUACUUGUCAUUCCUAA